AUGAAGUUUUCAACCGUUUUCCUUGCCCUCGUUUCCGCCGUUCCCGCCGUCUUUGGCCUUACCAUCAAUACACCUGCCAAUGUUGUUGAGUGCCAGCCCAUUUUGUUGAGUUGGAGUGGCGGAACGGCUCCCUACUACUUGACCCUUGUUCCUGGCUCGCAGAGCAUGGCCGCACCUAUUAAGUCGUUCCCUACACAAACGGGUACCUCCUACACUUGGAACGUUGAUCUUCAAGCUAACACCAUCUUCAACAUUGCUCUUAAGGAUAGUACCGGUACCACGGCAUACUCUGACAUUGUCACCAUCAUGCCCGGUACUGACAUCAGCUGCGUCAACACCUCAGUAAACGAGGGCGGCGCGACGAGUGGCACCGCUACGGCCACUGGCACCUCCACUCCGACCGCUGGGUAA